AUGGUUGAAUAUUUGACUAACGAACCCUAUCCGUUCAAAAAUUUCACACCUAUCUUCAUGGGGUAUCUCUUCUUUACAGGAUUUUCUUUUCUAUCAGCUCUUUUUUUCAGAAAAGUCCAAAUGUUGGAUCCAAGAGAAACAUUCGAAAAAUACGAGCACCGGAGGUCUCCACACCCGCCACAAGGAGUUAUAACGACGGAAAGAAGAGAGUAUUUAGCAUGUGAAUAUAGAAGAGAACCUCAUCCACAGGAACAAAGUCGUCCAAAUUCCAUUCUCCGAAACUCGAACGCACACCCAUCGCAUUCUUAUCAGGAUCGAGAAAGGGAACAUGCUCGAUUGGCAUGUGAAUACAGAAGAGGAAAUCCACAAGUAGAGCAGGGUCAAUUGGCAUGCGAGCUCAGAGCCCGUCCAGCAACCACAAUCACUACUUAUCUUCCGGAGAACACAAAGAAAAAAUUACCAAUUGGAUGGAUCGUGUGCGUUGCUGUUUGCAUCCCAGUUCUCAUCAUAAUCAUUGUUUUCGCUGCCGUUUGGCUUCAGGAAGUUGGCAUUAUCUAA